CGCCGCAGCUGCUGAACAUUUAUACAUAUGCGAUGUAUUAGCCGUGGAAGCAGAAGGGGCUCGGUGACUACAAAGGAAUUACUUCAGCAAAACAUACAAGACACAUUUCUAUAAAGGGGUAGGAUAAUUCUGGAAGUACAACUUUACUUUUUCUGGAUUAUUGUUUGCGAUUGUUUUGCUUCCUCCGUACAUGCAAGGAUCUAGCAAGUUGGCGUGAGAGUAACUUCAGCAGAAAUACUCCGAAGAAAUGUCUGCAACAAUUCUGUCUGAUUUCUACGACAUCGACAUGCUAUACAAGCAGGAGAAAGGCCUUAAUAUGAAUGCAUUUCUUGACAAGAAGGCGGUGGGUGCUCCACUUACAAAGUCCAACACAACCAACAGUUGCUCUUACACGCGGGGUUUUUCCCGAAGUAAUUCGACCAGCAACGUGGACUCUGUUAUUAACAGCAACAAGUAUUCAGGCGGCCCUUGCAGCAACCUCGUGGAGAGCUCGAACUGCAGCGCCACAACUGCCAUCAUGAACAAGGAGAACAAGUUCCGGGGCCGCGCGUACAGCGAGAGCGGGGAGCGCAGCCAGCAGCUGCGAGAGCUCCUGCAGCAGAAACACGGUUCUCAGAUUAACUCUACCCGCUACAAAACUGAGCUGUGCCGACCGUUCGAGGAGAACGGAACAUGCAAAUACGGAGAGAAGUGUCAGUUCGCUCACGGAUAUCAUGAGCUGAGAAAUCUGUCUCGUCACCCCAAGUACAAAACCGAACGCUGCCGUACCUUCCACACUACUGGCUACUGUCCAUACGGGCCUCGCUGCCAUUUUAUCCACAACGCUGACGAACGUAGACCCGUGCACACCAAUGCAAACCUACAGGGAGAACCAAAAUUGGCUGAUGAGCUUUGCGGUUUUGGGCAGCACGUUAAUUUCAAUCGAAAUGACAGACCAAAGCUGCACCACAGCCUAAGUUUCUCCGGGUUUGGUAGUGACAGCGGACUCGAGUCGGCCUUUGAGGGUCACACAUCGCGCACACCUCCGCCACCGUACUCACUCCCGUGCUCCUCAAAUAUUUAUGAGGACACUCUUUCUCCCAUCCCUCUGUCAUAUGUGAACGGCUCUCUCUCCCUCCCGGGACAGGAUCUGAAGGCCUUGCUCGCACCCCUGGCCAUUCCGGCGCAGAAUGGCUAUAACCAGCCCAGUUGUGGCUUCUACGGAAACCUGCAGGCCGACGUGUGCCCAACUUCACCCCAAUUUAGAAUCUCUUUGCGCCGCCUUUCCGAGUCGCCAGUGUUCGAUUCACCUCCAAGUCCACCGAACACCCCAUCAGACCGAGAGAGCUGCGUGAGCGGGUCCCGCAGCUCUUCUGGUAGUCUCAGUGGCUCUGAAUCGCCAAGUUUGGAUGCAGGAAGACGUUUGCCAAUCUUCAGCAGGCUGUCGAUUUCCGAUGACUGACCAGCUGCAUUAUUAAUCCGUGUUGGCUGUCGUUUCCUAUAGGACGGAAAGGACUUUGAGCCUGAAUCUAAAAUCAUUUCGGUCUUGUUUCCUAACUUAAAGCAUGUACAGAUCAAAAUGUAAUGCUAUGUGAUAAACGUUUGCAGACCGGUAACGGCAUUAGUAUGCUAAUACAAAGCUAACUAGAUACCUGCAAACAAGUGCAUUCCGUAUUUAGUCUGUUCGUCUAUGGCAACCUGCGUAGAGUUUGUAAAUGCCAGGUUUAUAUUCUACAACUUUAUAACGACUUUUAAUAUUCUGCCAUGAAUAUGCCUUGAUGUGAGUACAUGUUUUCGAACUUGUUCGUGAAACUUUCCAACUUCCAUUCCAAAGUUUGACGCAGAGCGCCACGCAGUGGCCUUGGUUUGUUAGUGCAGCUUGUUGGUUAAAAGCACUGUUCAUAUUGGGGAAAAUCAACGCAGAUGGUUCAGGAUAUUUUUUUAGCUGUUGAAUGAUUAUUUAGCGUUCGCAAUUUGCUAUGAAACUAUUUAACUUAUUUAUUACAUUGAGUAUAGGCUACGUCAGGAAAUUUUGUUUGUCCAUACUAUAUUUAUCAAGUAUGAAGCAAUAGAUCAGUAUUCUUGUUUAAAUUAUGAUUGCCAUUAUUAAUCUGCAGAACGUGAAGUGUCCUUUCACAGUAAUAUAUUUUUUGUUACUUCACUUGGUUAUUUUAUUGUAAAUGAGACCUUAAUUUAAGAGAUUGUAUGUAAUAUUUAUUUCAUUAAUUUUGUUUUCAUGUUUACGUUUAUAUAUAAUUAUCUUUGUAAUUUACUUGGGAGGUCUGGCUUCAAAGCGUUUUGGGUGGAUCUCUCUGGAAUGUAAAAAAAAGGUUUGCUGGCCGUCCAAAUUUGAAACAACUUUAAGGGGUGUUUUUUUUUUUUUUAUUAUUUCCUUUUUGUUGUCAAUAUUUGGUGACAGACCCCCAAGUUAAAAGUAAAUUGGCCAAAAAAGUGUUUUGUAUGCGAUCACACUGUGAUUCACGCCACGUGCCACAGGAUGUAGCAGUCCCUUGUGUCCUAGUGUUACGGUGCUGUAGCGCCCACAGGCCUUUGGAAUCUUAAGUGCCUGAAGAUUGUCCAGGUGCAGUGUUGGUUAACAGUUAUAUGUUCAAGUCCUGUGAAUUGAAUGUAUUGUUUUGCUAUGCUCUAGACGUUGCCACCUGACCCCACCCAUUUGUCUUUCCGAUAUUAUAUAUCCUUUGUAAAUCAGCAUUUUUUUUGUAAAGCUGGUAAUCUUUCUCUUGUUUUCUUCCCAUUCCUAAACACUUAUUUAAAUUACGUAUUGUUACUUUUAAAUUAGAAAAUAAGAAUCUUUCAUAUUUGUCUUUUUUUUGAGGGAGGGGUCUGGAUCUUGUCUGUACAUAGUUGGUACACAGGAUGCAUACUAUGUACUUUGACUACUUUAUCAGGAGUAAAGCUUUUUUUGAAUGUAAGAAAAAUAAAUUGGACGAAGACACAAGUUGCAAUGCACGUUUUCCGGGAGACUGUUCGCCCCAAACUGAGUGCGACUAAAUGUACUGUACAUCUUUGUAGUUCUCCCAAAUAAAAUCAUUUUUGGAAAAGUG